ACAUGUUUGAGAGGAUCGAAAAAAUGUAUUCUAUCAAAAUGGAGAUGUGAUAGAGAUCUGGACUGUGAGGACGGCUCAGAUGAAAGAGGUUGUGGUUCAGAUCUUGCUUCUUGCAAACCGCACGAGUUCUCCUGCAGAGAUAGAUCGGAAAAAUUAACAUGCAUCGCUCAAGGAUGGACCUGUGAUGGGGAAAUGGAUUGCCCAGAUGGCUCUGAUGAAGCUAAAGAUAUGUGCAAAGCCAAAUGCAAGGUUGAUGAAGAUAACUGCUACAGCGACGCCUCCGUUUGUGUCAAGUUCAGUCAAAUGUGCAACGGAAGAGUUGAAUGCCCUGAUGGAUCGGAUGAAGGGAAUCAUUGCUCAGAGGUUCUCUUGCCUGGUGUGAGGCAGCCUGAGUUCUGCAAGAAAUGCCAGUCAUUUUGCACUGUUCGACCAUACAUUGAUCAAAUCGACGACAAUGCAGAAUAUCAGUACACUUGCUAUUGUGGAGAAGGACAGAAGCUGAAUCCUUUGGAUAAUAGAACAUGUGUUGACAUAAAUAUGUGCGAAGAACACGACGUGUGCGAGCAAACUUGCACUGAUGGUCCGUUGCUGACGUAUAAGUGCUCGUGUGCUCCUGGAUUUACUCUAGAAACCGGUGUUUCGCUCUCUGUUUCGGGAGUUUCAGUCUCAGUGCCGAGCCAUUGCAAAGUUAACAAGGCAAGCUCAGCGUAUAUCCUGGUUGCAACAGCCACCUCUGUAGAAGGAAUUUCUCUCACUGGUCAAGUAAUACCUUCUACAGCAAUUCGAGGAACACAUACUUCGCUUGCUAUGGUGACUGAUGUUGCAGGGAAGAGAGCCUGUUGGAUUGAUCGAUACAGGGAUGUAUCGGAAAGCUUCUUUGUGUGUGCUCCGUUGAAUAAACUAAGAAGCACAAAGAAGAUACCCUUAUUAUACUCUGUGCAAAAUGUAGAACAGAUUGCCUUCGACUGGGUUACAGGGAACUUUUAUUUUCUUGAUGACAUUGACAACCGCUUAUUUGUUUGUGAUUCAACGGGGAAGACAUGCGUAACGAUUCUUAGCUCGAACCUGAAUAACCCAACUGGUAUCGCUCUUGAUCCAAAGGAAGGUAAAAUCUUUUUCACUGAUCAUGGAACCGCUCCGAAAUUAGAGAGAAUAAACAUGAAUGGAGCAGAACGGAAGCAACUCGUCAUAAUGAAAAUUGUUCUACCACUCGGUGUCACUCUUGAUCUAUUUGGGAAACGAAUAUAUUACGUUGAUGCUCAUAUUAAUUAUGUGGAAUCCAUUGACUAUGAUGGAAAGAAUAGGAAACUGAUUGUUGAAUCUGAAAGUAUGCAGAACUUACAUAGGAUCACAUACUUUGAUGGUUACCUAUAUGCGACCAACUGGCAAAACCACAGCAUUGUAAAGGUGAACGUAUGGAACGGUGGAGCGCCAUCUCUACGACUAACAAAAACUAAAGUUACGACUCUUUAUAAAGGCUUGAAGCAGCCUGGCAGUUUACAUAUAGUACAUGGUACUAAACAACCUCCAGUACCAGACAAUGAAAAUGCAUGUAAAACACUGAAAUGCCAGCACAUUUGUCUUCUUGGAAGCAGUUCAAGAGAGGCUUCAUGCUUUUGCAGAGCCGGGUAUAUUUUGGAGUAUGACGGAUUGUCAUGUAAACAGCCAAAAGAAGAGCAAAAAUUCUUGUUAAUUGGGAAGACCAGACCAGGCGAAAUAAAAGCUGUCAACAUGUUCAAACCAGAACAUACCAUCGAGCCGAUUGUUCCGAUCGAGAACUUACAAAAUCCUAAAGCAAUCGACUAUUACAAUGAUAGUUCCGGUGAUCGCUGGGUCGUUUUCUCAGACACGACGAGAUUUGUCAUUGCGAAACGGAAGAUUGGGAGCUUAGUAGAUGAGAUUAUCUUCAGCAGUGGCAUCCAUACUUGUGAAGGUCUUGCCAUCGACUGGAUGAGCGGUAAUCUGUAUUGGACGGACGAUGGAUUCAAAACUAUUUCUGUAGCGAAUUUAACUAACCCAAAUGGAUACCAGGAUUCAACUAACACUACUGAAUCGAAGCACUACAUUCGCAAAGUUAUAGUCGAAGGGAACGUAACUCAUAUCAGAACUAUUGCUUUACAUCCUGCGAAAGGUAUCAUGUUCUGGACAGACUGGAAAGACCAGGAAUUGCCAGGAAAGUUUGGACAGAUUGAAAAAGCUUGGAUGGACGGUUCUAACAGGGAUGUUUUUGUUUCGGGGCCCAAUAUUUUAUGGCCUAAUGGCCUCACAAUUGACUACAAGACAAAUUAUGUAUAUUGGGCUGAUGGACAUUUUGACAGAAUCGAAAGACAACAUAUAAACCGCAGAGAUAGGAAGAUUAUUUACAGUGGAAAAUUUGGCGAUCUUGUUCAUCCAUUUGGACUUGCAGUUUAUAAUGACGGAGCGGAGAAUAAAUUUUUAUUUUGGACAGAAUAUCGUACUGGGUACCUGAUGCGAUUAAAUCUUGGAGUGCUGGAUAGCGGAAAGAAUCUCACGAAGAGAGAUUCUAAAGUUAUGCAGUUUUAUGAUACACAAUUAUACGGGGCUGUUGUAUUUGACUUGGACCAGCGCAAAGGGGUGACAAAAUGUUCUUCCAAACCUUGUAGUGAUCUUUGCCUUCCAGUCCCUGUUGGGGAGGGAUACGUCUGUCAAUGCCCGGAUAACAGAGAGUUAUUGUCUGACCGGAAGACAUGUGUUGAUAAAAAGAAUUAUACUGCUCCUCCGCUAUGCAAGGAUAAAGGAUACUUUGCCUGCAACAGCGGGCAUUGUAUAAUGAGUCAAUGGAAAUGCGAUGGAGAAAACGAUUGCUCGGAUAAAAGUGAUGAGGAUUGGGAAACUUGUCAAAACUCAACAUGCGGGGAAGAUCGAUUCAAAUGCCAAGAAGCCGGUAUAUGUAUCCUCACCCAAUGGGUUUGCGACAACGAUAAAGAUUGUCCUAAAGGGGGUGAAGAUGAGGACCCAGAACUGUGCAAUUCAAGGACAAGAAGUUGCCUCGAUUCUCAAUUCCUUUGCGACAACGGCGCGUGCAUUCUUAAGGAAUGGGUCUGUGAUCUUGAUAACGAUUGUGGGGAUGGAUCGGAUGAAGAGGCGAAUUGUACCUUCACUGGUUGCAAUAAUACAACUGACUUCAAAUGCAAUACCGGUAUGUGUAUUCCUAGCUCAUGGAAAUGUGAUGAGGAAAAUGACUGUGUGGACAACAGUGAUGAAGAUGUUUCAGCAGGUUGUAAUUAUGGAUGUGAAUCUCCAUUUGAGUUCCGAUGCGCAAACUGGGAAUGCAUUCCAUCAAGAUGGAGAUGUGAUGGAGCUAAUGAUUGUGUCGAUAACUCUGAUGAGUUAGAUUGUUCUGAAGAGGAUAAUUCACCAACCAUAAGAGAAUGUAACCCACAGGAAGAAUUUACGUGCGGCUCCGGCGCAUCUUCGGCUGUAGGUGGGGGUAAAUGCAUAUCAAAAAGUUGGAAAUGUGAUGGCGACCCAGACUGUAUGGACGGCAGUGACGAGGCAAACUGUAAAGUCGGCACCUGCUCUCAGAACGAGCGAAAAUGCUUGAACACAUCGGAAUGUAUUUUUGCCACCUGGUGGUGUGAUCAGGACCCGGAUUGUGAGGAUAAUUCUGACGAAGCUCAUUGCAUAUGCGAGUUUGGAAACGAUGGAAAACCUAGGCAUCGAUGCCUUACUUCGGUUGGAACGUACGACUGCGUACCUAAAUGUGAUGGACAUGCAGAUUGUGUAGACAGAUCAGAUGAAAAAAACUGUGUUUACAACCAUACCUGUGCCAAUGCUGGCUGUGGAUACAAAUGCAAUCAAACCAAGAACGGUUUCCAGUGUUAUUGUCCGAAAGGAAGAAGACUGAUGGUUGAUGAAAGGAAUUGUGAAGACAUUCCCUACUGCUCCGAGCAUGGUAUCUGCUCUCAGAUAUGCAUUCCUAUUCAUCCUGCUUACGUCUGUAAAUGCAAUCCUGGAUGGACUCUUGCUGGCGAUAAGAAAACUUGCCGAUUUGAAAAGAAGAGACCUCCACCAUUUGUGCUGUUCUCUAACAGACAUACGAUCAGAAGCGUUCAUCUUAACAUGGAUCGCCUUGACAGCGCUCCCGAAUACAACUUGUUAUCAACAAUAGUAGCGAGUCGACUUCAACAUAUUAUUGCUAUAGAUUUCCAUAUGAAAGACGCACAGAUCUACUACUCAGAUGUCUUGGAUGAUCAUAUUGUCAGAGGGAAGUUAAUAUAUGAUGAAAAGAACAAGCAUCUCAAAAUGACCAACAAAGAAGUUUUGAUCAACCAAGGACUUGCAACACCCGAAGGAAUGGCUAUCGAUUGGAUAGCAGGACACAUCUACUUUGUGGAAUCCAGUCUUGAUCAGAUGGAAGUUUCCAAUUUAGAUGGAACGAAUCGCACUGUACUCAUUGCCGGGAAUAUGCACAGUCCGAGAGCUGUUGCUCUUGAUCCACGAGAAAAGUUUGGGCUUCUCUUUUGGACUGACUGGGAAGAAACUAAAGCCAGAGUUGAGCGCAGCACAAUGGGUGGAGAGGAGAGGUCGGCAAUCUGGAUUGCAAAAAGUAAAGAGGACGGUUGGCCUAAUGGGCUCACACUUGAUUACUUAUCCAACAGAGUGUUCUGGGCUGAUGCCAAAUGUCAUAAGAUCAAUGAAGUACGACGGCAGCGAUGUUUAUAUUGUAUUAAAACAUCAUCAAUGGCUGACGCAUCCGUUUUCGAUAGCGCUAUACGGCCAUCAUAUCUUCUGGACCGAUGGCGAACCACGAUGAUAGUGUCUGCGAACAAAUGGACUGGGAAAAACGUUACCGUUGUUGAAUUAUCAGUCGUGCAACCUUUUGAUAUCAAAGUUUAUCACGAAAGCAGGCAACCAGAUGCUCUAAACCCAUGCGAGGUGAACCUUUGUGACGGCAUGUGCCUGAUCUCAUAUGCAGAAGAUCUUCAUCCGGGAAGAAACUACACCUGCAAAUGUCCUUAUGGAUAUAUUCUUGAUAGCGAUGGUUUUAGAUGCAAUAAAGAGUCGAAGAUAUUGUUCUAUGUGUCCCCAGGAGAGAUCCGAGGCCUCCAAACAGAGAACUUAAACUACAGUGCGACGGUAGCUCUUACAACGCCCUAUCUAUCAAAUUCAACUGUAUUAGCCUACCAUGUUGCUAACGAGAGAAUAUACUGGGCAGAUGCUGAGCGGGGAUCCAUUAGAAGUGCUUUUAUCAAUGGAAGCGGAUUGGAGAGUGUAAUUACAACGGAUGUUGACAAUCCACAUGGCCUUCUCGUCAGUCCUUCAUCAAACACUAUAUAUUGGACGUCGUACACGAUUGUUAAGAAAAGAAACAAAACAAUGAAUGCUCAUAUCAGUGUUGCCAGUCUGAAUGGAAAGCUCACACACAGGAUCAUAACUUCUGCCAAUCUCCCAGGACUAAACAAACCUCGAAGUUUGACAGCAGAUUUCGAACAUUCCUUGUUAUUCUACGCGGACGACGACGGAAUCUACAUGCUCUAUCUUGACGGUUCAGAUCCUUUGCAAAUUUAUCCUGGAGAAAACAUACAAUAUGUUCGGUUUGACAAGAGAGAUUCCACAGAAGGUGAUGGGUCCUACAAAGAUGUCUUGUAUUUUAUCCAGAACGGCGUGCUCAAGAUGCUCACAAACUCUCCCGAACUUGACAUCAUCUGGAAUGCUACGGCUGUUGCCAUGACACCAACUCUUCCAAAUAUGAAGGCGCUAGAGGUCCACGAUGGGUUGAUUUAUGUUGUCACAGUUGAGGGAGAAGAAGAUGACAAAGUCUAUACGUUAUAUUCAUCGAGUACGUCGAAUCCUGGCGUUUUCACGAAGCGAACAAAUUUGCCGUCUCUUGUGACCGACUUAGCUUUCUAUGAUACGGAAAUGAAGGUUCAUAAAACUGGUUGCUCAGUGAAUAAUGGAGGAUGUGCCCACUUGUGCCUGCCUUCAUACCAAGGAAGAGUGACUUGCAACUGUACGACUGGAUAUCAACCUAAUGGGAAUGAGUGCAAUGGAAUGCAAGAUUUUCUUCUCUAUCACACAAGCUCAACCAUAUACGGAUACAACAUCGAUCACAUGUCGGAACUCGCUAUGAUUCCUGUGAUAGAACAAGUCGACGUCUUUUCCGUGGAUUUCUACACAGCUGAAAAUCUAAUCUUCUGGGUUGACACUUCAAAGAACACAAUAUUCAAAGCAAAUCGCGACAUGUCCUCACAAGGAAUCUUAUACGCUGUUCGAAGACCUGCAAGUUCGAAGCGUGUUCCAGUGGGGCUACUUUAUGAUAAAGACUGCAUUCGAGGAGUCGCAGUUGACUGGAUGGCUAAGAAUGUAUAUUGGACGAAUCCUUGCAUGGGAACCAUUGAAAUGAUUCGAUUGGAUGGGAAAUAUUCCCGGAUUGUUUAUAAGAAACGGAGUAAACCAACACACAUAGCUUUACAUCCAGCGAAAGGAUUGCUAUUUGUUACUGGAUAUUUCGAUUCUUUUGCGUCGAAAAAUGUAAAUAUUACACUAGGUGAUCUAGCGACGCAUCAUGUCUUCUUCGUUCUCGUUGAUAAAACUUAA